AUGACUAACCUUGAACAAUGGUACUUUUCCAUUCCGGUGAUAACAAGAACAUUUCUCACCCUCUCAACAAUUACUAGCUUUGCUGUUACUUUUGAUUUACUAAAUCCCUUGCAAUUAUAUUUAAAUUUCCAAAAUGUAUUUUUCCAAUAUCAGUUCUGGCGACUUGCUACUAAUUUUCUAUUCUUUGAUCGAUUUAGUAUUAAUUUUAUAUUACAUUUGUAUUUUCUGUACUUUUAUUGUAGAAGAUUGGAAGAACAUUCAUUCCAUAGAAAAACUGGAGACUUCUUUUACUUGAUUUUAUUCGGAUGUGUGAUGAUGCUUUGCAUUUCACCUCUUCUUCAACUUCCGUUCAUGAGUCAUGCACUUGUUAUAAUGUUACUUUAUAUUUGGAGUAGAAGAAAUCCACAUGAACAAUUUCGUAUUUAUGGAAUUUUCACUGUUGGAGCAGGAUAUUUGGCUUGGGUUUUAUUAGGAGUUGGAUUAUUGAUGGGAAUGAGUCCUGUUGUGGAUUUGGUAGGAAUUGCAGUUGGACAUAUUUACUUUUAUCUCAAAGAUGUUAUACCAGGUGAAUUUGAUGGAGUUGAUCCACUUAAAACUCCUCUUUUAAUUUCUAAAUUAUUCCCAGGUGAUCAUGAUCUUCAAGCACAUCCUCCAGUUUAUCGUGAUCCUCAAGACUUUUUUGAUGUUGAUCAAAAUGAAGAAGAGGAAAGAAUGAGAGAACACCAAGCUGAUCUCAGAGAAGAAAAUAAUCAACCUGUUGAAGAAAUUAAGGAAGAUGAUGUCAAUAUUGCUGACCAAGAUGUAAAUAUUUCAGAAUCUCUUCAUAAGAGAAAUAGAGCUGAUGAAAGCACAAAUGUAGAAUAA